CUGCAGGCGCGCUCGAUACUCGUUCGUAGUCGCUUGAUCCUCGACGCUCGUCAAGGCAAAGCGAUGCGCUUUCGUGCCAACAUCGAGCAUGUCAACACCUUCUAUAAGAUCAGCCAGGCAGUCGAGAAACUGCAGAAACGCUGCAUCAUCAAGUUCACGGAGAGCGAGAUGCACAUCAUCUGCAACAACGAAGCCGGCGAGGGCGGCAUCCAGGUGUGGUCACAGAUCAAGGUCUCUUCCCUGUUCACGGACUACCGCAUACAGUCGAACGCGAACAACGAGAUUUACCUGGGGCUACCCACAGAGGCCAUGACCUCCGCGCUUAAGUCAGCGGCGGCACCAACGGGCCAGCAAGCUGCUUUUUCGGCGGAUGCGGAGGUCGUCAUGAAGCUCAUGAAGAAGAACGACGUUGCGGUUCUGACCUUCGAGAUCGCGACGACGACGCGGAUGGGCCGGUACGUCCGGAUCGCGCACGACGUCCGGAUCGAGGUGCUCAAGCCGCAAGACGUGAGCCGGAUCAAGGAGCCAAUGUGUCCAGAGCCCGAGGUCCACAUCCUCCUCCCGCCCCUCGCGAAGCUCCGCACCGUGGUCGAGCGCAUGCGCCCGCUCGCCGCGGACGUGAUCGGGAUCCGCGCGAACCUGUCGGGGUGCUUGCAGCUCUGCGCCCAGACGGACAACGCGCGCGUGGACGUGUCGUGGAACGGGCUGUCGAACCCGAAGAUGGCGCAAGAUCCGAGCACGCAGGACCCGGACAACUUGGAGGCGCGCGACCCGACGACGCUCUAUGGCGUGCUUGUGUCUCUGAAGAGCUUGCAGAAGUUCCUGAGCAGCCACGUCGUGUCGACGACGACGAUCGCAUGCAUAUGCCAGAAUCACUGCAUCAUCCUAUACGUCUACAUCGGCGAGAUGGCGGAAGCAGGCGGUGUCCUGACGUUCUACAUCCCCGCCAUUAUCGAGUGACAACUCCACUCCGCACGGUCACGCUUUCAUCUCCCGGGCUCUCAUCAUUUUCAUUCUAUGUAUCUGUCUGUAUUCCCAUCGCUGAUGCUGUCUCCCCUCGUGAUAUCCACAUGCUGUAUCUGUAGCUUUCUCUUGCUGUCGGCGCGCACGCCCGUUGUACUAGCUCCAUCCCUUAUCGCAUCUCAUCGACUGCCCAUGUCCAGGACUGAGGAAUGCUGGCAAGUGGCGUGCUUAAGGCCGGUGGUCCGGGUCGAGUCCCGGUCCGCGCGUGGGUGUGGUCGUCUAUGCAGACAGGGAUCAUCCCCAGGGUGUCCGGUACGCCGUCACGGU